AUGGGAGGCUUUGGUUUUACGAGUAACUCUUGGAGGCAUCACGAAAUCGACAGAGCAAUGAUGAACACGAAGUUGUAUGGGCGAGUCUCAAAACCAGUCGUUAUUUCUGGUCCCGUAGUAGGUCCCAGGAGGUCCCAGGUUUUCCUGGUCCCUUUUAGGGAGGAGCAGGUUUGA